AUGAUUCAUCUUGAUGGCGAAACCACGGAGGUGGACUGGUUUUCGGCUACACCUUCCGAGGCGAUUUAUCGGCACGAUUUUGAUUCAAGCAACGAAUCUUCUUUUGUUGGGCAUGUAUUCUUGUGUGUACCCGGCCAAACUUCCAAGUCGCCUACAUGCGAGCGUACGGAUGGUGUUGUAAUAGUCUAUCCUAACUUCGUACAAUCUGUGUUCCUACCGGAUAGUUUGAAGGGUCGUAAUCCACUUUUGCUGAAUAAGAUUGUACCGAUUUCCGCUAGUACUAAAGUUGUUGGUCAUGUACAAUCUGUAUUCCUACCGGAUAGUUUGAAGGGUCGUAACCCACUUUUGCUGAAUAAGAUUGUACCGAUUCCCGCUAGUACUAAAGUUGUUGGUCAUGCCUGUGAUGAGCGUUUCUGUUAUGUGAUGACUUUUGAUGGAGCUAUCUCAUGCGUCCGCCUUUUACCGAAAGGCUUUGAUGACGAUCUUUCCGAUGACAACUCCUUUAUUGAUGAGCUCUGCACUCUAAGAGAUAGUUUCUCUCAAGAUGACGAGCCGCUUUCU